GUCCGCCUAUUCUACAUAUUUACGAGCCCAUCUCGGGCAAGUAAAUUUCGCUCUCUUGUAGAAUUGAAAUUCUAAUUAUUUCACGAGGAUUCCCACAGCAUGUACAACAACUUUUUAUCAGUCUUGCAUUUCUAUCUUCAGUGUAAAAGCAUAACUACAUAACGUUGUUUUCUUAUCCUUCCUAUCAUAUUUUUGACAUUGUAUCUCUGCAACACAACUGCCUUUUGCUGCGACAAUGUCUUUAUGGGAUUACAUUCCUCUUCCUCCCUAUGAAGAUGGAGUCCCCACUUUUAAACUUGACCUCGAGGAAGUAGUGUACCUACAGCAGAAGCAAGUUAUUUUGGGUGAUUGUGUCAAGGGAAUGUGGAAGAUCAAUGCAGCUAUUUUAAGUAAGUUAUUCAUCAUAUCCGAGGAAUUGCGUGGGCACAAUCUAAAAAGUCACUGAUUAAUAGAUAUGAGCUUUCACAGGAAGGUAAAAGAAGUAAGCUCAGGACGGAAAAAUGCAGAAUCAACCAAUUUUUUUGAAACCAUAGUCCCGAUUGAUGCUUCCCCUUGGCCACCACUUAAAGUUCCCGAAAGCGCUUUGAGCAUUGGAGCGUUGUGGUUCAGCGGGUGGACGGAAGUGAGAGCUGAGAAAAUCUUUGAAUGUUGGAAAUAUACAUCCAAGCCUAGGGAUAAUUGCGAUGACCGUGACCCCAGUCUCAUCGAGUAAGUUUUUCUUGAGAGCAUGGCGCGUCGCCGUUUCACUUGACGGGGGGUUUUUAGAUAACACAGAUACUUAUCAUUAUGCCAGCAGAGACUAAUUUGGAGCCUCUAGCUACGCAAUCUCACGAGUCCAUGCUAGGGGAGACUCAUCUACUCCCGGUAUGCUUGGGAGACUUGAAGCAAGAAAAGAAAUGAUGAUUCUCGGGCUACGCACACUAUUCCAGGAUGAAAUUUUAGAUCAAGGCAACAUCAAUCCCGGGGUUUAUGUCAACACGAUGGAUCUUCAUGAUUGGAUAAUAGACAAGGUGGGCAAGAGAUAUCGACUCAUGAUAACUCAUCUAAGAUAUUUGAAGAAUUAUGCAGCCACAGGAGUCCAGGCUGAAAGGAGAAUCACGGAUGAAACUUUAAAGGAAGAAUCUUUCAGAUUUCCCUUCAAGGCAGAGGAACUACCGGAGAAUAAGUUUUUUGAAGAAGCAUAUGAAAGCAGUAAAACUGCCAAAGCAUCUGUUGAAGCGGCUGAUCAUUUGCGUCAUAACACUUCCGUUGGUGUCAAAAGCAAUGAAAUUAGACCUUAUAAUUACAUCCCUUCUGAUCUCGGCACCUCCAUCGAAGAAGCGUUAUUGACAGGAGAUCCAAAUCAUGUACAAGGGAUUGAUUCUGCGGAGGAAGGAAGGAGAACCAACGAAGACGGAUAUAUCCCGGGACUCCGCCUAUCUCCAUAUAGACAGAAGGUAAGAACCCACCAUAGCAAGCAGAAAUGCUGUAUUAGUAUAUUAAUCUCUCUGAUAUUAAAAGAACCAAGGUUAAAACAUUCUGGAAAGCACUUCAAAGCUUCAGGCAAGACAAUGGUGUUGGUAGGAAAAUUGUGAAAACUCGCAAAUCAAGUUAGCUGUUAUGAGAAACUUGUAAAACGCCAUGAGAAAGGGAGUUUGAAGGGGUUUACUCCAAAACAUGGGAACCAAAUCUGGAUGGGUCAUACCUGCGUCUCGACAAAACUUCGCCGGCAUAAGUGCCAUACAUACUAACUGGUGAUCUAUUGGUUGUGAGUUCUUGGCUUGCUUGUGGUUCCGGAGACGGAAGCAGAGGAAGAACAAACAACCAGAGGCUCUUGGGUAUUACAGCUGCUUCGAACUUGUACUCAAAGUAGGUAGUUCUUGAGGAAUUUUAAGUGUUUGAAUAAGAAAGUGGCUGAAAAAUUAUUGCU